AUGGCUUACAAAAUCCUUACAGCUGCCUUGGUUUUGGCCACUGGCGUGUCUCAAGUUGUCGCACAGGAAUGUGCUCAAAAUCUCUUAACCACUCAUGCUGGUGUUCAAUUCUAUCUUUAUGACGACUCUAUUCCUUCAAACAACUACAAACCUCUUCAACUUCGACCCAGCCAAGAUGGCAAGUUCAGCUACCUCGCUAUAGACAAUAGCUCUCCGGUCUUUACUGCCAACCUCGACAAUGGCGUUUUGGUCAGCGAAAGCAAGAGCUCUGACGGCACUCUGUUCGACACAGGUGCCAGAGGCUUCUUGCAAAACUACACCAAUGUGGACAACUAUAUCCCACCUACUUUUGUAGGCCAGCUCGCCUUUGCCAACACUUCGACAUUUUCCAACGCAUCUGAUGCCAACUGGCUCCUGGGCCCUUCAGGUGGAACAAACGUCUAUAACCUCUGGCACAACGAGCCUGUCAACACGCUCAACGGAAUGCAGAUUUGCGAAGCUGAUUUUGAUCUCAAUGAAGACGGCACUCCUUGGUAUUAUUUCCAAUACGUGGACUGGGUUGUCUACUACCCACCAAACUGUGAAUUCGUCGCAAUUUUGACCAACGUCACCACCCCGGAUCUUCCUUCAUGCUAG